AUGUCCACCUUCAACACUCAGUAUCCCGCCUCCAUUCCGCCAUCAUUCGAUCUGAAUUGCGCUCCUCCCAUACCCCAAACACUCGCCAACAACAACACACACCAAACCAAUAUGUAUCCCAGUCCGGGGAAUGUUUCGUCUUCCCACACAAACUCCCACCGGGUCAGCAAAGCAAUGAAGGGAAAGCGAGUCCAUGCAUGCGAGCACCCAGGAUGUGAGAAGGUUUUCACCAGAGCCGAACACCGCAGACGACAUGAGCUCAGCCACGAGCCUAGAAGGAAAUAUCCCUGCACAUACAAAGGUUGCCAAAAGGCCUUCCAUCGUCCGGAUUACUUGAAUCAGCACUUGGGUCGACAUGUGAGUGCGGCGGCGAAGGAAAACACAUCAAUCACCCACAACACAUCACCUCAACCAAGCCCGCAACAACAGAUCCAGUCGCAACCAGCCCACUCACCCCUGAUUCCAUUUCAAGCCGACACAAACAAUUACUCCGGCGUCUGGGGAAGCAUAGAUUCCUCAAUGUCUUGUCCCCAGUAUUCCAGAGGCCAGAGCCAGUCUACCGCAUCUGUUGAUGACCACCCAUCUCCCUAUUCCUAUACGAACGAAACCUACACGAACGAGAUCUGCAGCUCGCCCGUCGCGAGCGACUCCUUUAUAGUCCCCCAAUAUCCCACCUCAGGCAUGCCAGUAGAGAUGGUGACUGCCAUCGAUCAAUACCUGCGAAGCAUCCUGAAACCCGAAGCCUUUUCGGCGCCUCAGCAGGUGGAACCGGCGAUCUGGAGCUCGGAUGUUGAGAUUGAUCCGGCCUUGACAAAGAUUGAGAGCACAGACCAACUACCGCUCUCUUUGUGGCCUCCCCCACAUCACUUGCAAUACGAGCAUCAUCCAGUGCAGAUGAGCCACCAGUCAUCUGGCAAUCGCUAA